UCCAGCUCCUCUCUGCUGCAGGGAGGGGCGGGCGCAGGCUGACCGGCUCUGUGCUGGGGAGGGGCCAGCACCCAUCAUCCGCCCAGCUCCUUGAGGGGUCCAGUCUGUGCCGGAUGGACGGACGGAGGGACUUCACUUCCCAGGAGCCAAGGGACCCUUUGUCCCCUCCCUCCAGACGGCCCACGUCUCAGACCAGCUGUCCCUCCGACUGCUCACUUGCUCAGCCACAGGCAGGACAGUCGGACGUGUGGUCUCGGAGCCCCGGCGGCCGCAGGAGAGCGCGGGGAGCCGGCUCCCUCCUGCCGCUGCCGCCACCACCACCACCACCACCACCACCACCACCACCGCCGCGCCCGCCCAUCCUGCUCAGCUGCUCCCGGCGCCCCCGCCCCAGCAUGUGCCCUCAGCCUGUGGAAUGCGUGCGGCCCCGGCCCGGCCCCCACAGCGCCCGCCUGGCCCUGGCCGCGCAUGGAGCGCGCUGAGCCCGGCCGCCCUGCCCGUCCCGCCCGGAGCGGCUGCCGCCCCGACCCCCCGGGCCCCCCCGGCCCCCCCCAGCCCCCGCCCCGCGAGCCCGGCGCCCGGCCCGGGCGGCCCAUGCGCCCCGACAUGCGGCUGCGGGAGCUGUCCCUGCGCCAGGACCCCGACCUGCGGCAGGAGCUCGCCUCGCUGGCCCGCGGCUGCGACUUCGUGCUGCCCUCGCGCUUCAAGAAGAGGCUCAAGGCCUUCCAGCAGGUUCAGACGAAGAAGGAGGAGCCCCGGCCGCCGGCCGCCAGCCAGAGCAUCCCCACCUUCUACUUCCCCCGGGGCCGCCCGCAGGGCACGGCGGACAGCGACGCCAUCAUCGCCAGGAUCGAGCGGACCUUCGCCCAGUUCCCGCACGAGCGGGCCACCAUGGAGGACAUGGGCAAAGUGGCCAAGGCCUGCGGCUGCCCGCUGUACUGGAAGGGGCCGCUCUUCUGUGCCGCCGGCGGAGAGCGCACAGGCUCCGUCUCCGUCCACAAGUUCGUGGCCAUGUGGAGAAAGCCGCCCUCUGCCCAGGAUCCUGCAGAACUGCCACGACGAGGCCACGCGGUUCGUGCACCUGCUCAUGAGCCCGGGCUGCAACUACCUGGUGCAGGAGGACUUCGUCCCCUUCCUGCAGGACGUGGUGAACACGCACCCGGGCCUGGCGUUCCUGAAGGCGGCCUCGGAGUUCCACUCGCGCUACAUCACCACCGUCAUCCAGCGGAUCUUCUACGCGGUCAACAGGUCCUGGUCCGGCAGGAUCACCUCUGCCGAGCUCCGGAGGAGCUCCUUCCUGCAGAACGUGGCGCUGCUGGAGGAGGAGGCAGACAUCAACCAGCUGACGGAGUUCUUCUCCUACGAGCACUUCUACGUCAUCUACUGCAAGUUCUGGGAGCUGGACACCGACCACGACCUGCUCAUCGGCCAGCAGGACCUGGCCCGGCACAACGACCACGCCAUCUCCACCAAGAUGAUCGAGAGGAUCUUCUCGGGAGCCGUGACGCGGGGCCGGAAGGUGCAGAAGGAGGGGAAGAUCAGCUACGCCGACUUCGUGUGGUUCCUGAUCUCUGAGGAGGACAAGAGAACCCCCACCAGCAUCGAGUACUGGUUCCGCUGCAUGGACCUGGACGGGGACGGGGCGCUGUCCAUGUUCGAGCUGGAGCACUUCUACGAGGAGCAGAGCCGCCGGCUGGACAGCAUGGGCAUCGAGGCCCUGCCCUUCGAGGACUGUCUGUGCCAGAUGCUGGACCUGGUCCAGCCCCAGAGCCCAGGGAAGAUCACGCUGCGGGACCUGAAGCGCUGCCGGCUGGCCCACAUCUUCUUCGACACCUUUUUCAACAUCGAGAAGUACCUGGACCACGAGCAGAGGGAGCAGGUGUCCCUGCUCAGGGAGACGGAGGCGGAGGGCCCCGAGCUGUCGGACUGGGAGCGGUACGCGGCCGAGGAGUACGACCUGCUGGUGGCCGAGGAGGCUGCGGGGGAGCCCUGGGAGGACGGGUACGAGGCGGAGCUGAGCCCCGUGGACCAGAAGCUGGGCGGCCUGCGCACGGCCCUGGCCCAGAGGCCCUUCCUGGAGGCGCCGGCGCUGGGCGCGGUGCACCUGUUCGACUGCGAGGCCGACGAGGAGCUGCAGCCGUCCUGACUCCCAAGUCCUGAGCCCGGGCGUCCUGAGGGCGUCCACGGCCCGGCCCCGGGGGGACAGCGUGUGCGUGUGGGUGGCUGAGCUUCUACAGACGUGAGCUGCGUGUGCGACGGCGACCUGUUUAUUCACACGGAGGCCGGUCCCAGGGGGUCCCCGGAGGCUGUGUCCCCGCCCCCCUGGCGGGCAGAGCAGGCGCCCCGGACCCGGGGACGCGGUGGGACCCCCACAGCCCUGGCUGGCUGCCCCGGGGAGGUGUUUGCAGAGACGGGCCCAGGACGGUUCGCACCCCAGGGUCCGGCGUCAGCCCGGGAUGCCCUGCUUGACCUCGGCCGAGUGCCCGAGCUGGAGCCGCGCGGCUCUCUGCACGCGUGUCCCUCUGCACGCGUGUCCGGGCACGGGGCCUCCCACACGGGCGCUGAGGUGGCCGCGUCCUCCUGAGUGUACAGACCGUGUAAAGUGAACUGUUAUUUGCUGUGCAGAGCGAUUUUAAAACGUUUUACGAGAUCACAUUUGUAUUUUCGAAUAAAUAACUUGAGGGUUUUCAGCCUUA